ACACUUGCAGGGAUUAAAGCAACUAAAGGACACAAGCGGUUCGACGAUUCGCAAAUUGAUGAGAAUGUGAUGAACGUAGAAACGCCGCCAGCCAGUGGAGGAGAGUUUCUCGGAGCCAAUUCCAUUGAGAUGACGGGCAUAGAGUCACGCACAGGUCUCAGGACCCACAACAUUGCAGACAACGAUGGUGAUAUAAGCGCAAUGACGACUAAAAGUAAUGCCGAUGACGACGCACAUCAGCACGCGAUGCUCAGAGCACCGUCGCCUGGGCCCAUGCGCGGGGAUGCUGACGGGUUGCAGAGUGUGGGUGCACUGCCGCCCACCUCACCUAGUCUGGGCGGAAGGGGUGUGCGUGGAGAGGAUGUCAUGGGCGCAGCUCAUGGGCGCAAUGGCAGUCAGAUGCAUUUCCCUGCGAAGGGGGGCAAUGGCAGGAGAGACCCUACGACGAGUGAGCAGGACAUGCAGCAGGUCGAGGAGGCGCUGUUUGCUUAAAGCCCACCACAUCACUUGACUGUCCGAGGAAUGAAGAGCACCUAUUUCUAUGAUGAUUUAUCCUAGAAGUCCAGAAGGAAAUGUGUCGGCAAGUGCUUUCUGCCGCUUUGCUACUUACGCGUAGUAACCUCAUACCAUAUCAAGGUGAUAGGUACGAGAAGGCAGUGGCCGGUCGUAGAACAAUAACGUUGUCAAUCAAACCAGUGUUUUGAUUGGUAGUGUACUGGCAACCCCCAUGUGCCGGUUGGCUGAUAUAGGAACCCCAUGAGCUCCGAUCAGCUCUGUGGAAAUUAAACAACUUGAAAGCCCGGA